AUGAGUGACCAAUCCAUAACAAGUUUAACAAGUUUCAACCAUGAUUCUCUUUCACCAGAUUCUGUUCUCGUUCCUUUGAAGCUUCAAACAAUUUUCUCAGGAAAAGAAGUAACAGAUUCAGAAGACAAAAACCUAGUACCAACAGAAACUCAAACACAAAUGUUGUUGUUGCCGAAAAAUAACAACAUGAACAAGGUUGUUAAGAAGAAAAGGGAAAGUAAGAGUUUAUCAGACCUUGAAUUUGAGGAGUUAAAAGGGUUCAUGGAUCUGGGUUUUGUUUUCUCAGAAGAAGAUAAAGAUUCAAACUUGGUUUCAAUUAUUCCUGGGUUACAAAGAUUUGGGAAGAAAGAUGAAGAACAAGAAGAAGAUGUUUGUGAUGAGUCUAUGAUUCAAAGACCUUAUCUUUCUGAAGCUUGGGAGGUUCAUGAGAGGAAAAAAGAGAAGCCUUUGAUGAAAUGGAAAGUUCCUGCUAUGAAGAAUGAAAUUGAUAUGAAAAAUAGUCUCAGAUUGUGGGCACACAAUGUUGCUUCUACUGUUAGAUGUUAG